CAGGGAUGAACGAGAAGGACGCGCAAAACGCGAGGCCCGUAGUGGCGCCUGCUCUUCAGUAGAAGAGGAAACCGCGCCGAAGCGUCGGCAUCGUCUGGCAUCGUCUUGCGUUUGCGUGCUUGGCGGCUCGGGCACGCGCUGUGCUGUGUUGCGCGCCACCGUGCGCCACUCUGUCUUGCGCACCGCUGCGCUUUGUGGGAAGAGAAGAGGGGGGGAAAGGGGCUGCAGGGACAACACUGUGUUUCGCCCGCCGAUCGACAGUCUGCCGUAGCAAGGAGGGGGGUAGUAUAUAAGGAGGGGGAUAGGAUAUAAGAAGGGGGGGUAGGAUAUAAGGAGGGGGGUAGGAUGAGGGCUGGUUCCGAGCCUGCAGCGCAAUCUGGGGGGGGUGGCCUUCGUGCGUCUGCUAGUAAUGGGCCGGCUCGGCAAAUGCCAAAGGGGGGGUCCGCUCCGUCUGCAUCUAGACCGGAUUUCAGACCUCCCCCCUCUGAGGACGCCAUGAUGAGCAAUAGCAACCAGAAGGACGGCAUUUGGCUGGGUGGAAGGUGGAAUACCAAGUAUAAGUGGCGGCGGUCGUGGCUUGAGGCUAGUGAACUGGACCCCCCUGUUCCUGAGGACAAACAAUUUAUAGAAACGCUGAUAUUAUUAGAGCGAGCGGAGGCAGCAUGCGGAUGGUUUGUAAUCUUAAUGAUCCUAGUCUCCUUCUGGAAUGGUGUGAAUAAUGCGAGACCGGCCCUCUUCUGGGUCUUCGUGGUUCUCCUCUGCAAGGAGCUGUUUGUGAAAUGGGCGAGGUGGAUGGUAGAGAGAGCCUUCUGGGGUAACGUGCCUUGUGCCGACAUAGGUGUGCGAAGGCUGUGGGAUGCGAAGUCGGUCGUACCCGUCUGGUUGCUGCAUUUCACGGGCUUCUGGACUCAUUUGUUGUUGACGGUGCUGCUUUGGAUUGCCAUCUCCCGAGAGAAAGCGACUAAACAUAGAGGAAGGGAAACACUGUUUGCGGGGGCGGCGUUUACGACGAUUCAAAUUGUUUUGGCCGCCGUCGCGCUGUGGAUGGAGAUUGUCUUCGCCUUCCCCCCCGUCCCUAGAGAGAUUGCUCGGCAGUUUGGGUAUGAGAGAGCACGGGCUGCGGUUAGUGCGGUGGGUUUCGAGAGAGUGUCUCUCGGAAUGGGGGUGACUUUGGGUCUGUAUGCGAAUGCUCUGAAUUACGGGUUGAUAGACGUAUGGGAAGAGGCUUUCGCGAAGGUGGUCUGGUAUGUCCACUUGCGAAGACACGAGGCGUUCUCGACUGCCACGUGCUUCGCCGAAAAGAAGAAGUGUGGACUGCCGGCCUUCUGGUUUGAAGAAGCUCAUUGGCUGGUGAACAUUGUUCACUUGAUUGCGCCGGGAUCCGAGCUCGACAAGCGGGGCCUUCAGGAGAGCGAUGGGAUCGGAGAUGUAGGGCUCGGAUUUCAAUCGCUGCGCAAGAACGAGGUCAUGGCUAUGGACUCGAUUGCCAGGCUGGCGCGACAGGGCAAGCUCAGUCCGCGGAAACUCGGCGAUCAGGCCUACGAAUUGAUGGCAAGGAUCAUGCUUUGGGGGCCUGCCACGUGUCAAGUGCUGGCGGCGGAUGUGAUUGGAUCGUGGUUUGGUGCAGAAUUUAUGCCUGGGAUGAUGGGUGUCAUGACGGUGGGUCAAGAGGGCUCCAGGUGGAGUUGGGGCGCCGGCGAUGCCACCCCUUCGGAGCUCACACGCGUCAUUGAUUCGUUGAUGGAGAUCUUGCGAGUCGGCGAAAGAGGCGAAAGCGAGCUUCUUGACAUUGCUGCCAAGUCGUUGUUGAAGGUCAUCUCUAGUCUCAAAGCGGUGGGCGGGUGGAGGUGGGGAUGCGCGGUCGGGGUCUUUGCGGGCGAAGACGCUUUCGUCCGCACUCACACUCUCUUGCGUCUCGCGGAGUCGGGGUGGCCCGGAACAUCAUUGGUUGCCUCAUCAGGAUCAGCAUCAGCAGGAGGAGGAGUGGGAGGAGUAGGAGGAGGCGGCGGUCAGCGGAGAAGAAAUGCCAUUGCUAAGGUGAUUUGGGUGUUGACCACGGACGACUCUUUCCGUCAGAAGCUGAGAAUUGGGCACGGCAUCCCGGUCUUGAUGAGGCUGCUGAGACCGACUUCUGGUAUGGCCUCGGGGAUAUCAGCCACUGCGAAGGUGGCCAUCGCGGAAUCGCUUGUUCGCUGCUCAGAAGGAAUUCGCGAUAUUCAGGAGAGAGACGAUGUCAAGACCGCAUGCAUUACAGGUCUGGUUGAAGCUCUAGACGUGAUUGGACCGGAGAUCAAAGAGGGACUCAAGGAGGGUUCGGCAGGUGGAUUGGGGAACUCGCUCAGCGGAGGAGCGGCUGCUGCUGCUGCUGCCGCUGCCGGGGGCUCUGCGGUGUCCGUUCGCGCCGCCUGGGCCUUGCACGGCUUGCUUGUUACAGGCCGAAGUUGGGCGGUCGAGCCAUUCUUCCCUGCUGAGAGCGUUCAACGAUCGGCUUUGCUGAAGUUACUCAGGGUAGGGAAAGUUUUGGAGAACGAAUGGAGAGCUCUCUCGGUGGCGGGCGAUCCCAGAGUCCUGAAGGACAAGAUUGACCUCCUCAUCCUCUCGCUUCUCUCUAAUGGAGCUGUGUUUCCCAAAACGGAUAUUGACUACAUACUCGAUGCUGGCGGCGGCGAAGGCGUCGGUGUUCGGCAAGAGCUUGCAGAGGAAUUAGCGGCUGUGAUUGCUCGUGCAGUGACGAUUCUUCUCGACGAGAAUCCAUCGGUUGAUGGUGGCGUUGUUGGCGAUCAAGGGGAGAUUUGGAGUCUGGCAGUUGGUUCGCUCAUUCAUCUUGCCAGGUUCGAUGCAAGGAUCUGUACUCGAGUAAGGAUGGCCCUCGGCUCAAGGGUUGCAGAACUUCGUAGAUCUGACCAUGCGCAGGUGCUUCAGCUUCUGCGGUUGAUGGAGCUUGAUGCUGGCAGUUGAGCCAAAGGAGUGCGGGGGAUGGCAAAGGAAAUAGUUGCACAAUGGGUGCAAGAACAAGUACAAACUGCUUUGCUUGGGCGCAGUGGACCCCAUUGGCCAUGUGUUGUUCGAGACUCUCUCUCUCUCUCUCUGUGCCUCUCUCUCUCUCUCUUCUCCCUAUGUUAAGUGCCUUGCCAUGCUCUCCCCUCUCUCAGGGGAUUGUCAAAGAGGCAGCUUCACUUGGCCGUGGUGGGGUUGCUGUGGGGAUGGCAGUGGACCGUCCGUACGUAUCAUGGCCAUGCUGUCGUUUAUCGGUGUCGCUACAGCUGCCACUGCAUUGCCACGUGGAUGUGGCAGCACAGGUAUCGCAUAUCUUGCCAUGAAAAUGUGCGAGCUGGAUUUGAACGAAGAUGGCUGUCUUCGUCUGACUACCGUUGCAUGCGGAGAUUCGAUGACGUGUGUACCUUGCGUAAAUCUCCAUGACAUGUGUACCUUGCGUGCAUGGAGCGAUGUAUAGCUGUCUUGCCCUGUGGAUGCCGCAGCUGCACUCCAAGGAAGCUGACUCUGAUCGUCUGAGUGGUGUGUGUACAGUCGAUCCUGGUGGUUCUUUCUGUGCGCGGUGUUGUGGAAAAGCCUUGUCUUGCCACGUGGAUGCGACAGUAGAGGAAGCACACGUCUUACCAUUCGGAUGUGCCAGCUGGAUUCCAACGACGGUUUCUGUCCUUGCGUUGGUGGCAUGGGGAGAGUUUAUGAUGGGGUGUUCCUCCGCUGCACCGUUGUACUCCAUUGCCCACCAGGAGUGUGCCUGUAGGGAUGGACAGCUUGCUGCCCUGCAGAAGAGGGCAGGGGUUACUGAGGAGGGAAGGCGCUAUUCGGAUAUGGCUAUGUGGAAACCCAUUUGCCAUGUGGAAUGGCUAUUUGGCUAUUUGGGAGCGAGAGCUGUCUGAGUGCACUCGUGCUGGGUGCUGCUUGUUUGCUCUUUGAUCGCCGUGGCAUAAUUAGCUGGGUGGCUAGGGGAAAGGAACGUCAUUGUGAGAAAGAGAGAGGACAGUACGGGGGCUUUUUCACAGAGCAGUAUCUGUCUGUUUGCGCUCUGGGGGCGAUGAAGACAGCACAGUAUAUGACGUUUUCACAGUGCAGUAGCUAUUUAUUUGUGAUGUGGAGGCAUGCUCCUUGUGCCUGCAAAGAGCGGGCCGGAGGGAUGCUCCUUUUGACUGCAAAGAGUGGGAUGGUUCUCCCAUUUGAUCGGACACAGAAUGGCGACGAUGGGCAGUGUGAAGAUUGCCCGCUGUAACUUGUAGGCGGGCCAUACCAGCGACGGCGGAGUAAUGAGGGUUGACUUAAUGUUUGUAUGUGUUUAGCAGGUGCUGAUGAUGGUGGCGUUGAAAAUAUAUAAACUGUCCUCUAGAAUAAUAAUAAUGUAUAAAGUGCACUUCGCGUGCCUUUUCUUCAAAAGCGCAGUCUAAAUGGUGGACUGCCUCUUGUAUAGCCUGGCGAAGUUGCUGCGAAGUUUCCUGUUCCUGCAAUGAAUAUAUGUAGGCUCUUAUGACAGCAUAGUAUUCCUUGCUGAAUUACGGAACCGCUUGAGGGGUUAAUAUUAUUACCUGGUUUUAUCGUCUUAUUGCUAGGCGGAUAAGAUGAGAUGUUGUAUUUGAUGGCGGCAUUCAGAGCCCAAGUUUAUGUAAGGGAAUUUAUGCCCUGUAAAUCUUUUUCACGAG